GGGCUGAGGUGGCGGCGGGGGCGACGGGCGGUGGAGCUGCAGGGCGCGGUGGAGCUGCAGGGCGCGGUGGAGCUGCAGGGCGCGGUGGAGCGGCGCUGCGGGCGCGGCCAUUCCUGCGGGCCUGGGAUCAGAUCUCAGCCCGGGUUGCUGGUGCCAGGGAUCGAACCUGGAACCUCUUAUGUGAGAGUCCCGUGUGCUCCCGUCUGCUGCUGGCUCGCUGUGCCGAGAGGACUCUGCUGUGCACCUGGGAAGAGGAGAUGACGUAAACCAGUCACGCUCUAGCCUUCAAAGUCCGAGGCAGGCAGGCGGGUGGAGGGACAUGGCCUGGCCGCGCCUUUCCCAGAGGGGACCUCUGCUCUCCCGCUUCAGCCAUCACCACGUCGUCGUGUUCCUGCUCACCUUCUUCAGCUAUUCGUUGCUCCACGCCUCAAGGAAAACCUUCAGCAAUGUCAAAGUCAGCAUCUCUAAGCAGUGGACCCCCAGUGCUGAGAACACAUCCUACGAGCUGCCUGAGGAGAUCUGGAGCAGCAACUAUCUAUUCCCCAGCGCAGAGGAGGCCACCCUGUUCUUGGGGACCCUGGACACCAUCUUCCUCUUCUCCUAUGCUGUGGGCCUUUUCAUCAGCGGCAUCGUGGGAGACCGGCUGAACCUGCGGUGGGUGCUGUCAUUCGGCAUGUGCUCGUCGGCCGUGGUGGUGUUCGUGUUUGGCACGCUGACCGAGUGGCUGCGCUUGUACAGCACGGCGUUGUACUGCUGCCUGUGGAUCGCCAACGGCCUGCUGCAGUCCACGGGCUGGCCCUGCGUGGUCGCCGUCAUGGGCAAUUGGUUUGGGAAAGCCGGACGAGGUGUUAUCUUUGGUCUCUGGAGUGCCUGUGCCUCUGUGGGCAAUAUUCUGGGUGCCUGCUUGGCUUCUUCUGUUCUGCAGUAUGGUUAUGAGUACGCCUUCCUGGUGACAGCGGCCGUGCAGUUUGCGGGUGGGAUCAUCAUCUUCUUUGGACUUCUGGUGUCCCCAGAAGAAAUCGGUCUCCCAGGCAUCGAGGUGGAAGCCAACCCUGAAGAGGACUCACACAGACCAUUGAUGAGUGGGGCCGACAGUGAAGAUGAAUAUGAGCCUAACUACUCCAUCCAGGAAGGCAGCACCCACCAGGCCGCCCAGGCCAAGGCCAUCAGCUUCCAGCAGGCCUGCUGCCUCCCUGGUGUCAUCCCGUACUCACUGGCCUAUGCUUGCCUGAAGCUGGUGAAUUACUCCUUCUUCUUCUGGCUGCCCUUUUACCUGAGCAACAACUUUGGCUGGAAGGAGGCGGAAGCCGACAAGCUGUCCAUCUGGUACGACGUGGGAGGAAUCAUAGGGGGAACUCUGCAGGGUUUCAUCUCCGAUGUCUUACAGAAGAGAUCGCCGGUGCUCGCACUCAGCCUGCUUCUGGCCAUCGGCUCCUUGGUUGGCUACAGCCAUUCUCCGAAUGACAAGUCCAUUAAUGUGCUCCUGAUGACCAUCACAGGAUUUUUCAUUGGUGGCCCCUCCAACAUGAUCAGCUCUGCCAUCUCUGCUGACCUGGGGCGUCAGGAGCUGGUUCAAGGGAGCAGUGAGGCGCUGGCGACCGUCACCGGCAUCGUGGACGGAACCGGGAGCAUUGGCGCAGCGGUGGGCCAGUAUUUAGUGUCUUUGAUCCAGGACCACCUGGGAUGGAUGUGGGUUUUCUACUUUUUCAUUCUCAUGACCAGUUGCACCAUUCUCUUUAUCUCCCCACUGAUCGUACGGGAAGUCCACCACCUCCUCCAGAGACGACAGGCUCCCAUGUUGACUGAGUGACCUACAUUCGCAGGCGGAGGCCCAGACUGUUCUCCUUUUGACCUCACCCCCACAGGGAUUGUCUUAAGAACCCGCACACCACCUCAGGCUGCCAAGCCGUUUCCACAGCAUCAGCUGCCAAGAUGCUGACCUUCCGCGGCAAGGGCCGGGCUGUUUUUGUACACUACGAGAAUCAUCGAGAGUCUUUCUCGAUGCUUUUAUUUGUUGUUGUUGUUUUUUCUCCGGCAGGCUGAAUGGCUGCGAGUGUCUUCUGGCCUGUCCCUUUGUCCUAGGUGGCCAUGAACUUUGACUGGGAAGCUGAGUGACCACGAGACAGGGGGCAUGACCCAUACCACACCGGGCUCCUGAGUCUCUGUGGGGAUGCUUAACAAAGCAUGGCGGCCCACCUUGGAAGCUCCAGCUGCUGAUAAGAUGCUCUCAGCAGUGCCAGCAGGAGCCUGUCAGGGAAAGAGAGGGAGAGGGAGAGGGAACCCUUCUUUCAGCUCCAUGGGUGUCUCUCAGUCACUGGGCUUUCGGCCUGAAGCCCCUUACCUGCGGAGGCUGAAGGCAUUUCCAGCCCUUGUCACACAUCCUCCGUCAUCUCCAGAAUGUUUGUCUCUGGCAGCAUCUUGUCUUCUUGCCCAGGGCUGUGAGCACAGCCAGCGGCCUGAGCCACCAAGGUGCUUCCCCGCCUGGGCCCUGCGCUGUGAGGGCUGGUCUCUUACAGCAGGGCUUCUCCAGUUCCUGCAGCAGAAGCUAGAGUUGGAGGAAGGGGGGAACGGCUUUUUGUCCUAGUAAGCUUGCUUGCUUUCUUUCUUUCUUUCUUUUUUUUUUUUUUUGACAGAGGUAUGCCACCACCUGCUACCCCCUCAUAGGAAGCUUUGCAGGUGUGACAUUGGGGCACAGUGACAGGUUCCAAGGGCCUGAGGGGUGUUCACUCUGUAGAAGAUGGCAGAGGGCACGUCCUGGGACAGGGAUGUGAAGUCUGUGCUAAUUGUCUGUUUCCAGGUCAUUCUGCUCAGAUGUCUUCAAUUAUGUCAGCAGACCAGGAAAAGGUCCAACUUCCAGGGCUGCCUGAUUGGCACUGGCUUGGGGCAGUCUCGCCUUCCUGUACUGAAUGGGACAUGGCUGUGAACUUGUAAAUGUUAUUUAAUCAUGUGGAUUUGCAAUCAGUCCAUAGCUCAUUACUGACGGAAAGGGAAAAUAAAUAAACUGACUUUUGUAAUAAG